AUGGGCUUACCCAAGCCACCGCUGUCAUGGCGUGUUCUAGAUCUUCUCAAGACCCAAUCCUCGCCAAAACAAUCGCGGAAUUCUUCGCUGGUGGAUUUGGCAUCAGAAGCGAGGGACGUGUUUAAGUGUUCCUGCUGUGGACUAGUGGUCACCUUCCAAGAGGGCUCCGGGAAAUUCAAAUGCCUGCAAUGUCACACAACGAAUGUGUUGGUUGAUUUCGACGCCAUGGACCCGCUCUUUGACGGGCCGCCUCUUUCUUUUGCAUACGUAAAGUCUUUGACAGACCAAUGCUUGGCUGGUCCAAGAGCCAAGAACUCACAUGAACUUCAUAUGAAAUUGAAGCCCCUAGUUAUGUAUUUGCUGUCAGCGUUAAGUAGUCUACGAGAUAUCAAUGGAUGCUGCAAAGUGAAGAAGUCCAGCUCGCGUGCUCGGUACUCAAACAGCAAUUUGAACCUUGCGGACUUUCGCAGAAUCUUUCAAUUCUUGACCCUGCUCCCUUCUAAAAGACCACUUUUCUGUGCAUUACUGGCUAUCCUGAACUCAAUGAAACGCUUACCGUUACAUUUGGUGGAUAAUGCCAAACAUUUGUAUUGGGUAGUGUUGGUCUUCGAGAUUCCAUUUUUGCACAAAGCCUUCACGAUCGGUGAUACAAAAUCGUGCAAUGAAUCCACAUUGAUGACGGAAACUUCAGAAAUCAGAUCGCUUUGCUAUGACAUCUUGAAACGAGUCUUGGGAAUUCUUUCCCAAUCCGAGCUUUCAAACGCAGGAAAUUAUCUCGCAAGCUGGUUUCUGAAGUUGCCAUACGAGGACUUCAUACGUAAAAUUGACCUCAUCAAUUUGUACAUAACGUUUCACUUGAAAAAGUGUUAUUACUAUCUGAACAAUCCAGAGUUGGCGCGGAGGAGUAGCGCUGCGGAACCCAUGUCUCUUGGAAACCCUCACUCUAUUGCACAUGAUCGUCAACGCAGAUUCAGUCAGCCAGAAGACGACGAAUAUGCCAGGUUCAGCUAUCUCAAAGAUGAAUUGACCGAGAACAAAGAUGGUGCGCCCACUUGGCCCCAACUUCGCAUUCAAGGAUCCAAUAUCAUUAAACAGAAAGAGGAAUACUCGAAAAUUCGCACAUUUCACUACACACUGAACUACCAUCUACGGACUGCGACUGCCGCUCUAGGAACAUUUGUCAAAGCAAACUAUAUACGCAGUCAACAUGACAAAGUGCCAGUCUAUGCUUUUUACAACUCGCUAGUUGACUACAUAAAUUUGAAGCAUGAUUUCGACAGCUGGCUGAGCAAAAAAAGAGUGGUGAACAAGAAACCAACCGCCGAGCCAGCAAUGGAGACAGUCAUUGAUUACAUAAAAGGCACUUCUAGUCUAUUGGAAAUCAAUGGCACAGGAAAAUUCUCGGGUUUCUUCUUUUGUCAGUACCCAUACUUAAUCUCAUUGGGAGGAAAAAUAUCUAUACUUCAAUACGAGGCUAAACGGCAGAUGGAAAGAAAGGCGGAGGAGGCAUUCAUCACUUCUUUGGAUAAGCGGAUUGCCCAAGAUGUUUAUUUCAGAGUUAGAGUUAGAAGGGACAAUAUUGUACAAGACUCGCUCGAAUGCAUUCGGCAAAAUCAGGGUAAUCUCAAAAAGGGUAUUAUCGUUAAAUUCUUGGACGAACCAGGAAUAGAUGCAGGUGGGUUAAAGAAAGAAUGGUUUCUCCUACUCACACGCUCCCUCUUUUCUCCGUUAACGAGAAUGCUCUGUGAAGUUGAAGAUUCGAACUUUUUGUGGUUCAGUAUUGUGCCAAUCAAAAAUUCAGAGAACUACUACUUAUUCGGAGCUGUUUUGGGACUUGCUAUAUACAAUUCGACUAUUCUCGAUUUGUCGUUUCCAUUGGCUUUAUACAAAGUUUUACUAGGCAUUCCUCUUGGACUCGCUGACUACAAGGAAAUCUUCCCUGUUGCAGCCAAGAACCUAUUUAAGUUGAGAGAGUACAGCGCUGAAGACUUGGCUCAAUUAGAUCUUGCUUUUGAAAUUUCAUUUCAAGACUUCAAUGGAGUUACACACCAAUGUAGUUUGAUUGAUAAUGGGCAAAACGUUCCUGUUACUGUCGAGAACCGUGAGAUUUAUAUUGACAAGUACGCGCAUUAUUUUGUGAACGAUGGCAUUUGCGAACAGCUUCAGGCUUUUAAGAAUGGCUUUGCAAGUAUUGUCGAUGGAAACGCUUUUUCAUUAUUCCUGCCAGAAGAAAUCCAGUUGCUUCUCUGUGGAAAUGACCAAGCCAAAAUUGAUAUCGAUGUUCUCAAGUCGGUUACUCAAUAUGGCGGAUGGAAGACAAAAGAGGAAGCCGCCGAGUCACAAGUUGUCAAAUGGUUCUGGAACCAUCUACAAAGUCUUUCAAGAUCAGAUCAGAAGAGAGUUUUAAUUUUUAUCACCGGUUCUGAUCGUAUUCCAGCUACAGGAAUAGAGAACCUUACGUUGAGAAUUGUCCGGUUGAAUAAUGGCAGGGAUAGUGAUCGUCUACCGGUUGCUCAUACUUGCUUCAACGAGCUAGCGAUCUAUGAAUAUGAAACCGAAACCAAAUUUAUUGAAAAGUUCACGCAGGCCGUGACUAUGCUGUCUGGGUUUGGGAUCAAAUAA